ACGCAGCUAUCUUGACGACGACAACAAACAACAUGGAGGAAUAUGCCCGCGAGCCCUGUCCGUGGAGGAUAGUGGACGACUGCGGAGGGGCCUUCACCAUGGGUGCAAUCGGUGGAGGGGUGUUCCAGUCAAUCAAGGGCUUUCGUAACGCCCCUGCAGGUGUCGCACACCGACUGAGAGGGAGCGCCAACGCAGUGAGAGUAAGAGCUCCACAGAUUGGAGGGAGCUUUGCUGUGUGGGGGGGUCUCUUCUCCACAAUUGACUGCGGUCUGGUUCGCGUCAGAGGGAAAGAAGACCCGUGGAACUCCAUAACAAGUGGAGCGCUGACUGGAGCUAUCCUGGCAGCGCGCAGUGGGCCCUUGGCCAUGAUGGGCUCUGCCAUGAUGGGAGGGAUUUUGCUGGCUCUCAUUGAGGGUUUUGGGAUCCUCCUCACCAGAUACACAGCGCAGCAGUUUCAGAAUCCUGUUCCCUUUGCAGACGACCCGAAUCAGAUGCCUCCAGAAGAUGCAGCACAAGUGAAAUGAGAGCCGCUGUGGACACAAGGAGUCCCACCACAGAGCAGCAGGGACACCGAGGUACUACAGCAGGUGUCAGGUGGAGAUACUGGUCACUACAGUGGUUUCAAGUAGUUGCACUUCAGGUUUUAUACCUCAGGAACAAAGUACUGUGAGUUUUAGUUUUAUGUGAGUGUUAAUGUGAGCGAGGAUCCUUCUGACAAACCUCCUGUUUGCACCUGCAGCAUCUCAUGCAACGUUUUUAUGCAUCAGUGGUUGUUGUCACUUAGCUGUGACCUCUUUGAGUUUAAUGUGCAAUUCUGAAAUGUAUAUAUUUACCCAGUUAUAACAUAUGUUGAACAAGAAUCCAAAGAUUUUAGAACUGUUUUCAUAGAUGUAUUCAACUUUAAAGUUAUUGUUUAAAUGGCUGUUACGUACAGAAGUAGUUUUGUGUGUGAGUAGUAAAAUCAACAUAUUUAUUCAGUGAGGUUUUACCAUUGAGAAUUGUAUUCAAGUACUAUGUUAGUAUUACAUUAAACCCCAUUAAGGGGGUGGAGGAUGGUGUUUGGCACUGAAACUUUUCAAAAGGGAUAUUGAAGAAGCAGAUCCUGUGAACAUGUGAUGUUCAUUAACAAAUAAUACGACAACAAAAGGUAUAAAUGAACUCUGAGAAUUCCAACUAAACUAAAGCAUUCUAAUAAAAAAUUAUUAUUCUAUUGAAUGGCAUUUACCAACUUAGCCACAUCUGCCCCGGUAAGUAGAGGGUGAGCUAAGCAGAGAGAUAACUAAAUAAAACCACAAUCAACAUUAUGAACACACAUUUAUGUUGGGAUUCUGGGUUAGUGCUCAGUCAAAACAAUGAAAAAUCACAGCAACAUCACCAACACAUCUAAAUGAAACUCCACCACAUGAUUGCAUCAAUCAGCUUAUUUAGGAAAACUGCAAAUAAUGAUCAAUUGACCAAAGAGAAACAUUUGAAUAGAGGAAGAUUGGGCCUCAUGAAAAGUUGAGUUUGUUCUCACAUGUUUUCUGUGAGUCUAUGUCAAAGUUUGAAUUAUAUAUCAACGGAGACAAUCAAUGCAAACAGUGUUUUUAAAAAAAAAACUCAUUCCUGUUUUUGUUUGCGCUCCCCCUCCACCAGCAGCUUCUUAACUUCGAGCAAAUAUUAUCUUCACAUGCAGGAAUGGAGUCUGUUCAAGUCAUGUCUAUGAAAACUGCUGAGUUGUUAGAAAACAAGGUCCUGGCUCAGUUCACUUUGUUUUUUUUCAAGCACCCGUCUUCUCUUGGAAUCGCUGCUUUAUCCAUUCUCCCCCCAGUCUCUCUGCUCUCUUUAAGCGGCAGCAUCUGCCACGGCAGGGAGACGGGGCAGCACAACCCAGUUUCUCACUGUCAAACUAUGUAUAGAGAGAAUUUCUAUUUUGUGUAUCGUGUUAAUUUAUUUAUCGUGCAGAAGUUGAUACUAACAAUAAAGUCAUCAAAUAUU